CUCGACGCGUGGCUGCAGCUGUGAAUGCCACCUAUCUCGCCUGUGAACUGACCGGUCAUUUGGCUUUAGACAAAUACUUAAACUGCGAUGGCCGAAUCACCCAUCUUGGAGCUAAACGGCCCAACAGAGCAAGAUGUCGCGCCCGCAGAACCGCAACAGUCACAGAAGCCAGCGAAGAGAGACGCCUUUGCAGAGCUAUUAUCUCCGAAACCUAAACAGCCCAAGCACUCCGAUCCGAGCUCCUCGAAGGUAGCUCCAUCCAAGAAGCGAGCCUUCGGAGGCCCCCGAGACGGUCUAGGCGUCUACAUCGAGAAACCAGAAUCAUUCCCCUCCAACGUGGUAGUAUACUACAACGAAAACUUCGUCGUGAUCCACGACAUGUUCCCCAAGGCCACCCUCCACCUGCUUCUCCUUCCCCGCGACCCCCAGAAAACCCGCCUCCACCCCUUCGAAGCGUUCCAAGAUCCCGAGUUCCUAGAAAAGGUCAAGAAAGAAACCAAAAAGCUGCGCACACUCGCGGCGGGUGAGCUCAGGCGAAUACACGGGAAAUACUCGGUGCAGGAUAAGGAGAGACAAGAGGCGCUGAACGUAGAACCGCCGCUGGAUGAGCUGCCGCCCGGGAGAAACUGGGAGCAAGAGAUCAUGUGUGGGAUUCAUGCGCAUCCCUCUAUGAAUCAUUUGCAUGUUCAUGUUAUCUCUGUGGACCAUUAUAGCGACCGUCUGAAGCACCGGAAACAUUACAAUAGCUUUUCUACUCCGUUUUUCGUCAACAUCGAUGACUUUCCCCUGGCGCUUGAUGAUGUUCGGAGGGAUCCGGACAGGGAAGGUUACCUGCGGCGAGACUUUGUCUGCUGGCGCUGUGGAAAGGGGUUUGGAAACAGAUUCUCCGAGUUGAAGCUACAUUUAGAGGCGGAAUUCAACGAGUGGCGACGGCUGUGAUGUGCAGUGUAUGGGUGACUAUGAGCUAGAGGAGCACGUGUCUGCUACUUCUGUCAAGCUUCAUUUGCCAUUUGAUGGAGUAAUGUGGGCUUCCGAAAAAGCGGUCUCCUCGAGGCUGAGCUGCGAGAGCUUCGAUUACCAAUAUCAA